AUGGGUGCUUCAGAGCCUGAUCCACCGAGUCAGCCGCAUAUGCGCAAUACCAACAGUGGUCAGCCCUCAGAGUCAUUUAGCUACGAGCAUCGGAGAAAGUUACAAAAUCGAUUAGCACAGAGAAGAUACCGCAGCAAAUUGAAAAGUCGAAUUGACGUUGGAGAUGAAGCUGAUGAUGACCCCUGUCAAGAACACACGUUAGCUAGCCAAGAAAGAAAUACGCCAGUGUUACUGGGCGCCGAGGACAUUGCCUUGGAAUCGUGUAUGAACAUCACAGACGAUUUACUGCAGGCCUAUCAAGGCGAUUGGGAUACUGCAGAGUGCUUUGACGACAUGGACAAUUUCACGGAAACAAUGCAGUGCAACCAGGAUCUUAUGACCUACCAAGAGCAGGGUCAACUCAACAAUAACCCAAACGCCUUGGUUUCACCUUCAGACAACAAUGUUCUACAAAAUGGCGUGCACUUAACUGCGCACAAUCAAGCACAAAGGCACAAGUGUCGCGUUACUGCGGACCAGAAUAGUGUUACAGGUGCAGAGGUUCCAUAUCAGAGACAUUUGCCAGAAAGAACAGUGUCUAGCUCUGGAAACUCUUCAAAUACAAACUGUGAUGGCUCCACCGCAGACGGCACCAGAGGGAUGCAAGAUUUAAGCCCUCAGCGUGGAACAGGCCAGACCGGAAGAAGAGCGGGCAAUAUUGCCACAUUGAAAAAACUAUUGUCUGAGGAUCCUAGCUGUUCACAAAAGACAACUGGACCAGUUCUCGUGUUCCAAAGCUCCAACCACCAAGAGAAUCACACCCACCCAAGGCAUAGAUCCAGGACAUGGAGCAUUGGUAGCUCCAAACAACCUUCAUCGAUUUCUUACCAAGAGAAGCUCACAACGAAAGCCAACAAACUGUUCUCAGACCUUUCGCAGCUUUACAAGUUUGGCGUUGAGCUCGACAUGAUACACUAUGAUGAAGAGUUCCUGCAAGAUCUCUCUACUGUCAAGGACAGGUUCAGGCAACUUGUCGAUCCAGGCCUCGCAGAUUUGGAUCAUUGUUGUGAUGAUGAUACAGAUCAAUGCCGAGCGAAACCUGUACAGCAUUUCGACGCUCAUCUCUACAAGAGUCGACGGAUCACAGAACGUCAACAUCAACAAUUGGAAAUUGACCGACCGAACCCUGAUCCAAGAGAUUCGACAACAAAAGCGACAUUUACAGAAAGUGAUUUCGACAGAUAUAGACACGAUAUUCCCCAUGGUCAAGGCAACAGUCGAGUAUCUACUGGUCAUUCAAGCCCUCGAUGGACGCCGCCGAUUCUUCCUGGAAGCACUGGAGGCUCGAGUCUUAGAAGUCCAGCUGGCCUAAAAAGGAUGCACGAGUAUAGACCAGACAAUAGAUAUAAGGCAGGGUCCCGGCACGAGAAUUAG